AGUAGUACAGUGUACAUAAAAGAAUCCAAAGAAAGAAAAAGUAAAAAAAAGGAAAGAAGAAGGGAGAGGAGGAGGAGGAGGAGGUGCCCAAACGCAGCGGCGGCGAUCUCCCCACAAAUCCAGUCACCCGCAUUGCUCCAAAUCCAGCCCGGCGACCGCGGCGGAGACGGCCACUGCGACGCCGCUCUCCUCCUCCACUUCCUCGAGACUGAAGAACAACAUUUCUUUACUUGGACAGUGCUUCCUUUUGAUUAUCACUAUUUCUCUUGCUCCUAAGUUAUGGCAACUAUGGUUGAGGGGUGUGUUGGUCCAAGUGAGCUUCACUUGAAAAAGGAACUUACUGCACUACGAAAGGCACGGUUCUUGCGUGAUCCUGAAACAUGUUCAUCAUGGAGAUCGCCUUUGAGUUCUAAAUCAUUUAUGACAACUUCGUGUGUUAUUAAUCCCAAUGAGAUUGGCAGUAAUGUAUCACAAAAGCACAUUGAGCCAGCUGCUGCACCUCCAAAGGGUGAAAAGAAAAGGAAAAAGGUUUAUCUCUACAAUUGGAGGCAUCAUUCUAACAAAUCCAGUGAAAGUGGGAUAAAGUUAGAUGAUGAUGACAGGCAAGCUUCAGCAGACUGUAGCUUGGAAAGCCCAUGCAUUUCUAAUGGUGUGGACUCUAGGAGCGAGACAGGCCUGGAAGUUCCUGUCAGCAUAUACAGUGUUCAGGGAUCCAAUUCAGGCACUCCUGUUACAAGAACUGUUAGAAGGGUGAGGAGGAGUUCACUUUCAAAGAAAGGAGCAAUCAGAAAUUCAACAGUUUCCAAGUUGCUAGAUCUCCAUGUUAACUCUGGGGAGCAAUCUGAAGACACUGAUAAUUAUAACUCAGAGAAUCAUGAAUUGCUUCAGAAGGGGGGCUACUUUUCUCAUUCUACAUCACCCCUCUUUGCUGCACCUGGGUGUCUCAGCUCAUCGAACCCCUCUAAGUUUUUGAAAGUACCAAGAAGAGAAGGAUCUUCGUUUUCUUGCACUCCAGUCUCCACUAGUUCUUAUUACAGGUACAGAGGGAGGAAUCCCAGCACGGUUGGUUCUUGGGAUGGAACAACUGCUGCUUCACUAGAUGAAGAUGGGCUAAACCAACCUGAAUUAUUGAGAAGUCAAAGGUGCGGUAUUCCUUGUAAUUGGUCAAAGAGGAAUAAACAUAAAGGAUCUGAAAGAAGUUUUUCUCCUUCGCUCUCUGAUACACUCAGAAGAAAAGGGAGCAGCCUGUUGUGUGGGGGUCAGACAAUGCACAGAAGGAAGAGAUCAUCUGGCUCCAGUAAAUGUGCAUAUCUUACGAAGUCUUCCCAAAGCACGCCACUCUUAGAUGAUAGUUGUCAUUUUGCUUAUUCAUCAUUUGAUUCAGCAAGUGAUGAAGUUUCGACCAUCUUUGGAGAAUUAGAUUUGGAAGCUUUGAGCAGAUUGGAUGGCCGAAGGUGGUCAAGCUGUAAAAGUCAGGAUGGGAUUGCACUGCCUAUGAGUGGAGCUGAUCAUGCAGUUUCGGACCAGAGAAGCUUGAGCCAAAAAUACCGACCAAGGUCAUUUAAUGAACUUGUUGGUCAGAGUUUUGUAGUACAAUCACUUAAUAAUGCCAUCAUAAGAGAAAGAAUAGCCCCAGCAUAUUUAUUUCAUGGUCCUCGUGGGACAGGAAAAACAUCUGCAGCAAGGAUAUUUUCAGCAGCUUUAAGUUGUGUUGCUAUUGGGGAGAACAAGCCCUGUGGGGCUUGUAUGGAGUGUACGGACUUUUUCACUGGAAAUGGAAUUAAUCUAAUUGAAGUUGAUGCUAGCAAUAGAAAAAGUAUAAAUAGAAUUAGGCACUUGAUUGAAAAUAUACCAGCAUCUGCAACUUCUUCACGAUACAAGGUCUUUGUAGUAGAUGAAUGCCAUAUGGUAUCUUCUAAAGUGUGGUCAGCAUUUAUGAAAUUUCUUGAUGAACCAUUACCUCGUGUUGUGUUUAUAUUUAUAACAAUAGACCCAGAAAACCUUCCUCGUGCUGUCAUAUCACGUUGUCAGAAAUACAUGUUUUCCAAGAUCAAGGACAUUGACAUAGUAUGUCGGCUGAGGAAAAUUGCUGUGAAGGAAAAUCUUGAUGUUGAAUUGGCUGCUUUAGAUUUGAUAGCACUAAAUUCAGAUGGAUCACUAAGAGAUGCAGAGACUAUGUUAGAUCAGUUGAGUUUGCUUGGGAAAAAGAUUACACCUUCACUCGUAAAUGAUCUGGUUGGGGUUGUGUCCGAGGAGAAAUUACUUGAUCUUUUAGAGAUAGCCAUGUCAGCAGACACUGCUGAAACAGUGAAAAGGUCCAGAGAACUGAUGGAUUCUGGUGUUGAUCCGAUGGCAUUAAUGUCUCAAUUAGCUGGGCUCAUAAUGGACAUCAUUGCUGGGACUUAUAGGUUAGCUGACCCUACUUGUGGUGGAGAAGGAAUUGGUGGUCGAAACAUUACUGAUGCCGAGUUGGAACGAUUACAACAAGCUUUGAAGAUUCUUUCUGAUGCUGAGAAGCAGAUAAGGCUUUCAAGUGAGCGUUCUACAUGGUUCACUGCAGCACUACUCCAGCUUGGUUCUGGUCAUAAUUCAGAAAUGAUCCAGUCAAGAAGCAGCAGUAAACAAAGUGCUAAAGCAACCAGUGAGAUUGUGAUGGAUGCAGUGAGAGAAUCCUCUGCUAGCAGGACUACAGCUCAUCCUCUAUUCACUUUGCGUGGUUCAAGGAAAACACUGGACCUCAGAACAGCCAGUGGGCACUCCAGUCCUCAGGGUGUUGUUUCAGUGUCUUCCAGAAUGAGGGCCAACGACAACUUAAAGCAUGGAGAAUGUAGGUCUGUUGAUAGAGUUUUACAAGAUUCUGCUCAAAGAAGUAAUUCUUCUGAGCUUAGGCCUAUGACUAACGUAAGCUCAGAUAAUCUUGCCCGAAUUUGGAGAAAAUGCAUAGAUAAUUGUCACUCCAAGACAUUGAAGCAGUUACUCUGUGAUCAUGGGAAGCUAGCAUCUGUCAAAGACUAUGGAGGAUAUUAUAUUGCUUUCAUAGCAUUUGAGGGCAGUGAUAUAAAGUCUCGAGCUCAAAGAUUCACGAGCAGCAUCAGAAAUUCUAUGGAGACUGUACUGAGAUGCAAUGUAGAAGUCAGGAUCGGUUUAAUGCCAGAGCUUCUUGCUGGAGGACUAAAACGUGAGGAGGACUUGGACGAAAGAGAUGAGUUUGAUGCGUUGAGUUGCUCAACAAACAGUGAUCGACUAAAGGGAAUUCGAAACCCAUCAAGAAAUUUAAAUUAUUCUGAAGAGAUCGAGAAAAAACUGGAGAAAUUCAGCUGUGCUUCAGCUGCUAGUGGAGGUUUGCAGUCAUGCACCACUGAAGGGAACACAGGAAUGCAUAGAACUAGAGGGAAAGAAGUCUCUGUUGAACAAGCGAAAGCCGUGACUGUUGAGGAGCAAAGGUUAGAAAGUGCAUGGCUUCAGGCUGUUGAAAAACAUGCACCUGGGAUUUUGAAUCAAAUGAGACCUGAGAGAAAUCAAGUUGUGCCACGAAUUAGUGGUGAACAGUACCACAGGAUGCCCGAAACGGACACUGUUUUUCCCUCAAGGCAAGUCGACAAGGAACUGAGCAAUGGAUUAAAAUCCUUAAAUAUUGGCAGCCAUGGUCUCCGCCAAAAUGGACAAAUGGAAAAUGGAUAUGCCAUUUCACCAAGCCUCUUGCAUAGCAAUAACCACUUGGCAAACUGUGACAAUGAGAGUGUGGUCUCUGAGCCCGGAGCACCUGGCUGUCAUGGUCUGUUCCCCUGCUGGAAAACUGAAAAAUCAAAAAGAAGAAAGUAUUUUCAGGCAAAAGGGCAAACUCGUUUGAAGUCAUCUUAAUCUGACAAUUUGGUGAUGAUAAAAUGAGUAUUGUGGUUUCAAAUGCAGAAAAAAGCUUGUCCACUGCAAACACUACUCAAAUCAUUCGUGCAAAGACGAUUUAAGACGCGCUACUCAUGUUUACCUCGCAGUCGAGCUCACAUCCCAAAAUUUCGCGAGUUUGAUGGCCUGCCGUGGUGCACGUCUCAGCCUAUCCAAUUUAUGAACUUGUAGAGGGUGAUCAAAAGUUGGUUGUUCAGCAAAAAUGCGGGUGUGACUUCAAAUGUGAACAUGACACUUUAUUGAGUUCAUGACCAAUUUAUGCUUCUUGUACAGACAUUUUGAUGUGAAAUCCCCUUGUCUAUCUGAAGAGGUGAGGCGGUCGGCACAGCUAGGAUAGCCUUGAUUUAUGAUUAAUUUUUCUUGUUUUUCACGCGUCCUUCUUUGAUGAUAGUUGUUUUAUUGUAUGUGACAACAUUUUGGUAUAUUUCUUACUUUGGUCAUCACACCAACUUUUUCUCCCUUUUUGUUAAAAACAGAAUGUUAACUUGUUAAUGUGCCAUCAAGCUGUGAUGAUGUACAAGAACUGGUAGCGUCUCUGCAAGUAUCUAGAUUUCUCAUUGUUAUUUCAUUUUUCA